CCCUCGCUCCUCCGCGCUCACUCUCUCCCUCUGUCAGCGCACGGCGUACACCUAUCUAUCUAUCUCCCCCCCAAGCACCAGCAGUCUCUCCAUCCGUCUCCGCCGCACGAGCGCUACCACGGCGCAAAGCAUGGCACCUCUGCGCCCCGAACGAGCGGUCUCCGCCGCCGCGCGCCUCUGCGUCUUUCUGCUGGCCGCCUCGGCCUGGAUGGCACAGCCGGGAUCCGCGCGCGGUGACAGCGGGGCUCUAAAGCGACGCGGCGAGGUGGACCUUACGCUUGACACGGGCGCCGGACGCGGAGGCGCCCCGCCGCGCUCACCGGGGGCGGCCGACGAGGAGUCCGUGGGCGCGGGGAGCUCGCCCCGCUUCAGGAGAGCGCUGUCCCGGGAGAAACAAAUGUCCCUGGUCAGCAGCUCGUUCGUGCUUAAAGGGGAUGCGACGCACAACCAGGCGAUGGUCCACUGGACGGGAGAGAACAGCAGCGUCAUCCUGAUCCUGACCAAGUACUACCACGCCGACUCCACCAAGGUGCUGGAGAGCUCGCUGUGGAGGUCCACUGACUAUGGCACCACGUACACCAAACUCAACCUAAUGCCAGGGACGACCAUCGUCGUCACCAGCUUCUACAUCUGCCCGACCAAUAAGAAGAAGGUGGUGCUGGUGGGCUCGUCCGUAAACGAGCGGGAUCAGAUGCUGUUCAUCAGCACCGACGAGGGCGCCUCCUUCCAGCGGCAGUCCAUCGCCUUCGUGCCGGAGACGCUCGUCUUCCACCCCAAGGAGGAGGACAAGCUCCUGGCCUACUGCAAGGAGGGCAGGCUCUUUGCUUCCACAGACCUGGGCCGCAAAUGGACGCUGCUUCAGGAGCGAGUGACGAAGGACAAGGUCUUCUGGUCUGUGCCUGGUGUGGACGUGGAUCCUGACCUGGUGCACAUGGAGAUGCAGGAUACGAGCGGAGGUUACCUCUAUGUCACCUGUCUCAUCCAAAACUGUUCGGACAAAAUGGUGACGGCUCAGUUCCUCGGCAAGAUCGACCACAACACGCUGCUGGUGCAGGACGCCUACAUAUUUGUCAAGGUCACCACAGGGAAUCGCACCAAAUACUACGUGUCCUAUCGCCGCAAUGAGUUUGUCCAAAUGAGGUUCCCCAAGUACGCCUUGCCCAAGGACGUUCAGAUAGUGAGCACGGAUGAAGACCAGGUCUUCCUCGCCCUCCAGGAGUGGUACCAGUCAGAUACGUAUAACCUUUACCAGUCGGACCCCCAGGGCGUCUACUACUCCAUAGUCCUGGAGAAUGUUCGCAGCACCAAGCAGCCAGAGGAGAAUGUUCUCAUCGACAUCUUGGAGGUGCGUGGAAUCAAAGGGGUUUUUCUGGCCAACCAGAAGAUUGACGGCAAGGUGACGACUGUCAUCACCUACAACAAAGGAAGAGACUGGGAACCGCUGACCCCGCCCACCAGCGACAUGAACGGCAAACCAGUCAGCUGCAAACCACCCGACUGCCACCUUCACCUGCACCUGCGCUGGGCAGACAACCCCUACGUGUCCGGGACCGUUCACACCAAAGACUCCGCUCAAGGCCUCAUCAUGGGCGCUGGUAACCUCGGCUCCAAGCUAGUGGAAUAUAAGGAGGAGAUGUACAUCACUUCAGACUGUGGGAAGACAUGGAGACAGGUCUUUGAGGAGGAGCAUCACAUCUUGUACCUGGACCAUGGAGGGGUCAUAGUUGCCAUUAAGGACACUUCAAUUCCUCUCAAGAUACUCAAGUUUAGUAUCGACGAAGGGCAAACGUGGACUGUUCACAACUUCACCAGCACCUCCGUCUUCGUGGACGGGCUCCUGAGCGAGCCCGGAGACGAGACCCUGGUCAUGACUGUGUUUGGUCACAUCAGCUACAGGUCAGACUGGGAACUGGUCAAAGUGGAUUUCCGACAAUCCUUCCCCCGUCAGUGCACUGAGUCCGACUACGAGUCCUGGCAGCUCACCGACCUGCAUGGGGAGAAGUGCAUUAUGGGCCAGGAGCGGAGCUUCAGAAAGAGAAAGGACACGUCGUUCUGCAUCAAAGGAAAGAGCUACACCUCAGCUCUUACCACCAAACCCUGUCAGUGCACCGAGAAAGACUUCAACUGUGACUAUGGCUUUGAACGCUCCCUCGCGGACAGUGGACGCUGCUUCGCUGACUUUUGGCAUGAUCCAGACUCACCGCCUGAAGACUGCCACCCGGGGCAAAGCUACGCGUCCAGCACCGGCUACAAAAAGGUGAUGACUAACUUGUGUGAAGGCGGCCUCGACAGGCAGCAGAGCACCAAGCAGCACAGUUGCCCUCUGCUGCCCCCUAGAGGACUGCGAGUCGGCAUCAAAGGGCAGAUGCUGGCCGUUGCACCAGGUGACGACAUCACCUUCAUCAUUCACCAGGAACAGGGCGACACUAGCAGCACCAAGUAUCAGGUGGACCUCGGCGACGGGGUCCGGGCCAUUUAUCUGAACCUAACAGUGACAGACGAGCCCAUUCAGCAUCGCUACGAAAAACCAGGCAUCUACAAGGUCACGGUGAAGGCGGAGAACAUGGCAGGACACGAGGAAGCCACCAUGUACAUCCAGGUCACAGCUCCUCUACAGGAAGUGCACCUAGAAGUGGUUCCCAUUGCUCAAAGCAAAAACGAGGUCAAUCUGACGGCCAUAGUUCUUCCCACUGAGGCCAACAUGACUUUGUUCUACUGGUGGAUAGGAAACAACAAGCAGCCCAAGCUGAGUCUGCAGAACUCAAUUCUGACUCACUUCCCAGAACAAGGAGAGGUUUCGGUCACAGUCCAGGUUUCCAACGGUCGCUCCAUGGUGCAGGACUCCAGGAUUGUCCGAGUCUACGAUGACUUCCACGUCAUCCCCCUGAGGUUCAGCAGGAACCUGGACCGCUUCAACCCAAACAUCCCAGAGUGGAGGGAGGACAUUGGCCAAGUGGUCACCAAAAUGCUCACCAAGACCACAGGUGUUCCUCAGGACUCCCUGGUUACGGUGGUGAAGCCGGGUCUCCCCACCACUGCUGCCCUGUACGUCCUUCCACUGGACAACAAACCAGCCAAGAAGGGCAUGUUUGUAGAUAAGCGUAUUCCAGCCAUCAUACAGGCAUUCAACGACAACAAUGUCAGCUUUGUGGUGAGAGGAGGUCAGCAAGUGCUAGUGAUGCUAGCUGACCCCAACGCAGGAUUAGGUCUAAUAUCUAAUGACUCAACAGCUACAGCAACAAAUACUGGCUACCAUGGAACAGCCGGAGGUCCAGGUGUUUGGGCUCUAGCAGUCAUUUUCCUGAUCACCAUCAUUGCCACUGGCUCCUUUAUCCUCUACAAGUUCAAAAGUCCUCGGCUCAGGACUGAGGAUGCCUAUCCCCCACUGUUUUUCAGGAAGCUCCCAGGCGGACGCAGCGUCUACGCUCAGAUGCACAACGAGAAGGAACAGGAGAUGACGAGCCCAGUCAACCAUAGCGAGGACACCCAGCACAUCAUCCAGGGCGAGGAGUUCAUCGAUGACGACCUGGAUGCUCAGACUCUAGGUAACGCAGGAGGUAGCCCCGCCUUCCGUUCCCUUAUAAGGACUACCACUAACCACUGCUACUAAACCAAGCCACUAACACCAGCAGCUAACACACACCAAGGCAACCAUUCAGUUAUCCUGAGCAUCACCUCCCGAGAAAUACAAAAUUACCUGAGCAGCUGAUGGCUGCCGUGGUGGUGCUAACGACCUAGCCUCGCUGGCUAACAAGCACAGGGACUCCGCUCUGCCUUCCUCCUCCUCCUCGUUUCUCCUGUUUUUUCCCCCUCCUCCUUGGACCCUUUAUUUCCACUGAUGGUCUGCCCAACCCCAGACUUCCAACUGUGGUGUGAUUAUUCUACUGCUUGAUGGGCCGAGCCUGGUGGAGAGGCAUUUCCCUCAGCUCCAUCUUGUCACCCACUCGCUCUCUUCCCGUCAUGGAACGGGAGGCACUCUGAUUUAUCUACUGUACAUGACUUGGAGCCCACCUCGCUUCUUUAGCCCUGAAAACCUGCACUGACGCCUGGUGAGGAUGGAGAUUGUGAUGGCAUCGCACCAAGGAUACUCACUCAUUUGUGUUUUGAACAGCUUCUGUGUGUCACUUGUUGUCGACCUCAGCAAGCUGGACUCACUGCACUGCUCUCUCCAGUAGUACUCAAAGUCAAAGAGAGGUAGACCAUGAUGGAAAAACCACAGCUAGUUACUAGCACAGAUGAUGGAUGAGAUGAAUUCCAAGCAGUAAAUGUCCAUCAAGGAAAAUGUAUGUUUACUCUUGUUCUGCUGUUUUAUUUCCUCUUCAGGCUUUAAAGGCAAUAAUAUUCUCUUCAUGGAAUAUAGGAAAUGAAAAACGCUGUGUUGCACUUUCUCAGAUUCCCACUCACAGGUUCACGGAGAGCUCAAACUGUUCAUUGAUCUGAUUCCUACCUUCCUUCAAAUCAUGACUAACACAAGUCAUCGUCCGUCGCUUGGUGCCUAAAUCAGCAGCUUUUACUCUGCUUGGUUCCAUGUUGUCCAGUUCAUUUUAUUCUAGUAACAGUAUGCUCCUGGCCCUUCUCCCUCCUUCUCCUCCACUUUUUUGGUCAGAGGUCUAAAGUGGACUUGCUUCUCUGGACACAAAGGUCACUGUUGUGGGGGAAGGUGUAGUUCUUAUAUUUUAGCGAAUCAGCCUAUAUUAGGCGUAGCCCACGGUGGUAUCGUGUCUCCUUAAAUGUUCAGUUGUAAAUGUGUAAAUAUGAAUAAUCUUCACUUUGUACAUAUUCUCUUUGACUUGCGUGUGAGUGUUUUACACUACUAGCAAACACACAGCGGUUUCACAUAUUAGUUUUGUUUUGGAGCGAGUGUCCAGACUUUGAAGCGUUUUUAGUUCGUUCACUCCAUCGCCUGCUUCACAUGUGUCCAUUGUUGAUAUUUUCCGCGUAAUCUCACAAGUUUGAUCAUUUUUCUUGGGUUUUCAUCGUCAACUGGAAACAUUGUCUUACGCAGAAACCUGUGACCUCCACAUUGACGAGUGUAUAUGGAUAUUUUUGAUACAGUAUGUAAGCACUGGUUAGUAUUUCUGUUGCCUUUGGCUGAAGACUUCCUGUUUGUUUGAUUGCACUAAUGAUGUACGUCGUGCUGUUGACACGUACCAGACAGCAACUGGAAAAACUCCACAGACUCUGAGUCAGCUCUUCGUUACAGUCUGCUGACACCAUCAGCACCAUCAUCACCCAUUGGGUCGUCUCGUAUUUGAUAGAGCAGAUCACAUUUGUUCUCAUUUACACCUGAAUUCAUCUUUUGUACAUAUUCUGCUCAUAUUGUUUGGUUUUUACUAGUGAUGUGUCGUCAUUGUAUCAUCGUCCGUUUUAAGGGAAAAAAGUCUGAUUUAGUAUGUUACAAUAUGAUGGUAAAGGGUUUUCACACAUUCAAGUAAUUUUGAUCACAGUUUUUCUGCUGUUUUUAUCGUUUUAAUGAUUUGUCUGAUCUAUUGGUUUUGCUUUUUAAACAAUUGUGUGUUUUCAUUGAUACGCAUAGUCUCUACCUGCAUCCUGGAAUAAAUCACACUCAUAACUUG